AUGGCAAAAAUCUCUCUCAUGAUCAUCAUUGGUCUUCUGGGAUCUCUUCUCAGUGGCGAAUGUACAGUUUUUAUCAAAAAUGAACAAGCAAGCUCAAUUUUACGCAGGCAGAAGAGGUACAAUUCAAAUAGACUGGAAGAGUUUGUUCCAGGGAACCUGGAGAGAGAAUGUAAGGAAGAAAAAUGCAGUUUUGAAGAAGCGCGAGAAGUCUUUGAAAACACGGAAAAAACAAUGGAGUUUUGGAAAGGGUAUAUUGAUGGAGACCAGUGCAAUCCAAAUCCGUGUAAAAAUGGAGCCCGUUGCGCAGAUGAUGUUGGUUCCUACGUGUGUUGGUGCCUGGCAGGGUAUGAAGGGAGGAACUGUGAGCUAGAUUCAACCUGUGCUACUAAGAAUGGAGGAUGUAAGCAUUUUUGCACCAAUGACCCACCCCGCAAAGUUGUUUGCUCCUGUGCACCUGGCUAUAAACUGAAUGGAGAUGGAAAAUCCUGUGAUCCUGCAGUGCCAUUUCCAUGUGGGAGGAUUACAGCUCCUGAAGCCAAAAGCAAGUACACCCGAGCCAUGAACACCUUUGACAAGUGGUUCUACAAUUCUACCAAUGAUCACGACGAAGAAACAGACAAUACCACUCAAAUCACACCCAUCAUUAAGCAAGUGACCCGAGUCGUCGGUGGAGUGGAAAGCAGGAAAGGUGAAGUUCCUUGGCAGGUUCAUUUGAAGAAUAGUAAUGGAGUAGGAUUCUGCGGGGGGUCUAUUGUCAAUGAAAAAUGGAUCGUAACAGCAGCGCACUGCAUUGAGCCUGGCGCACAGGUUACUGUCGUGGCAGGGGAACACAACACGGAAGUCAAGGAAGGUACUGAGCAGUAUCGCCAAGUGGUGAACAUCCUUCCUCACCCCACCUAUAACGCCAGCCAAAACAAGCACCACAAUGACAUAGCACUGCUAGAGCUUGGGACCCCACUGGAGUUCAACAGCUACGUCACCCCUAUUUGCAUUGCCAGCAGGGAAUUCACCAACAGCCUCCUCAAACAUGGAACUGGCACCGUGAGUGGCUGGGGGAGCCAGCUGUUCCGGGGACGGGUGGCCACAGUCCUCCAGGUUCUGAAAGUCCCAUUUGUUGACCGUGCAACGUGCCUGAGAAGCAGCACAUUUUCUAUCUUACAGAAUAUGUUCUGCGCGGGUUACCAUUCAGAGGCUAAAGAUACAUGUGAAGGGGACAGCGGGGGCCCUCACACCACAGAAAUAGAAGGUACCUGGUUUCUAACUGGAAUAACCAGCUGGGGGGAAGAGUGUGCACUGGAGGGCAAAUAUGGUAUCUACACCAGAGUAUCAAAGUACGUCAAGUGGAUAAGAGAUAGAACAAGUGGUUAA